UGCUCUCAGUCGAGCCAACGGCGUAGAUCGGAGUCAAAGUCGCGGGUCCGCGGAAAGUACUUCGAGAGCGACUCGACAGUCGAGACACGAGAGAGGAAGAGAGGAGGCGCUCGAUACGCACGCAGUUGCACGCGCGCACGGUAUCCGACGGACGGGGCGAGGAGAAACGACGAGAUAAACGAGAACGAGGGAUCGAAGCGCAAGUUGGUGAUUGGCUGAGCCAGAGAGACGGAGAGAGAGAGACAGAAAGAACGAACUCUCUUCUCCGCUCCGGAUUGAUUCCACGAGCGUCGUCGGUCCGUGCAUCAUCGCGCGCUCACAUCUCCGAGAGUAUAAUCUCUCGUCGUUGUCGUUCUCUUCGCCGGCCGUUGUUCUGGCGGAUGGACGUCAGUAAAAAUGCGGUGGUGACAGUGACCGGAUACCGCGGAGGGGAAGGACUCCGGAGCAAUUUUCAAGCAAUAAGCGGGUAAUUAUUCGUUGUCGAUCGUGUUACGCGAGAGACCGCCGUGCUUCGUAGUCGAUUGAGUCGGCGCCGGGUGAGCGAGAAUUAGAGAGAGAGGGAAAGCGAAAAAGAGCGAGAGAUAGAGAGAGAGCGCGCGCGCGAGAGAAAGAGAAAGAGAGAGAGAGCGAGAGGAAGGGCACUCUCUUCGCGACUCAGCCGGAAGUUAUGACGAGCUCGCGCUUCGUUCAAGGACGAAGAAUUGUUCGCGCGCAUGUGUCCAGUAGUGGGAUAUAGUGUCAACGACAAGUCGCCGCUUGCAGAUCUGGAUACCUUGCUGUCGACACCCGCCGGGCCCGGAUUGUCUCAUGUCAGGAUGGCGCUGGCGCGACUUGCGGUGAGCGACUGUGCGGGUCAAACGUCGCGGGUCAGCUCGAACCUGCACAGCAGCAGUAGUAUGGCGGUGAGCCGCGUCCCGAGCCCGCCACCGCCGGAAGUGAACACCCCCGUGGCCGAGAACUGGUGUUACACGCAGGUGAAGGUGGUUAAAUUCAGCUACAUGUGGACGAUAAAUAACUUCAGCUUUUGUCGCGAGGAGAUGGGAGAGGUGCUCAAGUCGUCCACGUUCUCAGCCGGGGCCAACGACAAGUUGAAAUGGUGUCUGAGAGUGAAUCCUAAGGGCCUGGAUGAAGAGAGCAAAGACUACCUGUCGCUGUAUCUCCUUCUCGUUUCGUGCAACAAAUCUGAAGUCAGAGCAAAGUUCAAAUUUUCUAUUCUUAAUGCCAAAAGAGAAGAAACCAAAGCAAUGGAGAGCCAGCGUGCUUACAGGUUUGUCCAGGGUAAAGAUUGGGGUUUCAAAAAGUUCAUCAGGAGAGACUUUCUUUUGGACGAGGCCAACGGAUUGCUACCGGACGACAAACUCACGAUAUUCUGUGAGGUAUAUACCUUUGUCAGCGUAGUGGCGGACAGUGUAAACAUCUCUGGGCAGAGUAAUACGAUACAAUUUAAAGUACCAGAAUGCCGACUGCCCGAUGAUCUCGGGCUUCUGUUCGAGAACCAAAAAUUUAGCGACGUAACACUCACUGUCUGCGGAAGAGAGUUUCAAGCACAUAAAGCAAUUCUGGCAGCGCGAAGUCCUGUCUUUUCGGCAAUGUUCGAACAUGAGAUGGAGGAGAGAAAGAAAAAUCAUGUCGAUAUCACUGAUGUGGACCACGAAGUUUUGAGAGAAAUGUUGCGAUUUAUUUACACUGGCAAAGCCGCAAAUCUGGAGAAGAUGGCGGACGAUCUAUUAGCCGCGGCGGACAAGUACGCGUUGGAAAGGCUGAAGGUAAUGUGCGAAGAAGCACUUUGCACAAGUUUAGCCAUUGAGAACGCAGCCGACACCCUCAUACUUGCCGAUCUCCAUAGCGCCGAUCAGCUGAAGGCACAAGCGAUAGACUUCAUCAAUACACACGCGACGGACGUGAUGGAUACCGUGGGUUUCAAGUCCAUGGUGAACUCCCAUCCGCACCUGAUAGCAGAAGCUUUCCGAGCUUUAGCGACCCAGCAGAUCCCACCGAUCGGACCGCCCAGGAAACGGGUGAAACAGAGCUGAAAGCAGUCACCGCUGACCCCGGGCACAACCUCCACAUCGCCCCCACCACUUUUGCAUCCCUCUUGAACCUUUGUGUACAGUGAUAUAAUGAAGUAUAGUAGUGCUAAAUAAAUGUUUCCUAGUGCGCCAUUCUCUGGUCUAAAAGAAAAAUCGACGACGAGAAUCGACGCGAAAAUCAUUCGAUUAUCGAUGGAGUUUCGAUCGAACGAGAGCAUUCGGAGAUCGAUGGAAGGAGAAAGAGAAUCGUCUUGUCCAUUCGGUUGAUCGAGGGCGAGUUUAAAGAAAAGCGCUCCUACACAUGCUCGGACUCUUAUGUUCAAGUAAGUGUCGGUAGUGAGGAGAACGUGACGCGACUAUUACCAGCGUGCUGCUCGUUUCGUCUUCGCGCAACAAGAAGAACGAGAUGUCUAAAAGCCUACGUAUCCGCAUUCACAUUCACACAUCCUCAUCAACAAAUCAUAUUUCUCGGUUGGCCUGAGCGCGAGUCGAUUUAAUAACACAGCAACAACAACAGCAGCACUAUAGUCGCAUUGCGCUCGUUUUCUUCAAUGCCAAUACCGAUGCCAAUCGAUCUCGAUGACACGUUGGGACGUGUCAUCAGGAUCAUCAUCGUCAUCACAGACUUGCUUUUGUUUCCAUUUUUAUCGAACGAAUGUAUUGGAAGCAAAUGAUCGCGCAAGAUGUUAAAGAUACGCAGUAUAUAGCCUGAGAGGACCAAGGAAAGGCGAAGAGCUUCUUUCCACGUGACUCGUCUUCACGAUUGCCGUAACAACAACGCGCAAUACACGAAGAAAGUUGUGAUAGACGUCGGCCAGACGAUUUAAACAUUUUGUUCCUUUGUCGAAAGAAAGAAAGCACGAGGAGGAAAGAUGGAUCAAACGAAUGUCCCCUAGUACCGUACGCUCGACGCGUCGAGCUUGGAGAGAAUUAGAUACUUUGUUUGUUUUUACCGACAGUAGUGAUCUUUUUAGUUCUAGCGCGUCUCAAACUCUUCCAAGACGGAGAAAUCAUUCUAGUUAGUGUUCUUUUUUUAUGAUCUCUUUCUCUGAACUACAAUUAUUA